UUCUUCUGAGUUGUGUUUGAAGCUGCCAAAAUGGUGCUAGCAGAUCUUGGAAGAAAAAUAACCUCAGCAUUGCGCUCGCUGAGCAAUGCUACAAUUAUCAAUGAAGAGGUUUUAAAUGCUAUGUUAAAAGAAGUAUGUACAGCAUUACUGGAAGCUGAUGUUAAUAUCAAACUAGUAAAGCAGCUCCGAGAAAAUGUCAAGUCUGCAAUUGAUCUUGAAGAGAUGGCAUCUGGCCUCAACAAAAGAAAAAUGAUUCAGCAUGCUGUCUUUAAGGAACUUGUUAAGUUUCCUCAUGCUGCUGUAGAUGAAGCAUAUUUUGGAAUGAGAUAUUUGCAUGAUUCCAACUUUUGGUUUUCUCUUUCACAGUUAGCCUACUUCUAUCAGAGAAAAGGUUGGAAGACUUGUUUGAUAUGUGCAGACACAUACAGAGCAGGUGCUUUUGACCAAUUAAAGCAGAAUGCCACAAAAGCAAGAAUUCCCUUUUAUGGGAGUUACACAGAAAUGGAUCCUGUAAUAAUUGCCUCAGAAGGUGUGGAGAAAUUUAAAAAUGAAAACUUUGAGAUAAUCAUUGUUGAUACAAGCGGACGUCACAAACAGGAAGACUCUUUGUUUGAAGAGAUGCUACAAGUUGCUAAUGCCAUACAACCAGAUAACAUCGUAUAUGUGAUGGAUGCUUCCAUUGGCCAGGCUUGUGAGGCUCAAGCUAAAGCUUUCAAGGAUAAAGUAGAUGUAGCCUCGGUUAUCGUUACCAAGCUGGACGGCCAUGCGAAAGGCGGCGGCGCUCUUAGUGCAGUUGCUGCCACAAAAAGUCCUAUUAUUUUCAUUGGAACGGGUGAGCACAUAGAUGACUUUGAACCCUUUAAAACACAGCCUUUCAUCAGCAAACUUCUUGGUAUGGGUGAUAUUGAGGGAUUGAUAGAUAAAGUAAAUGAGUUAAAGUUGGAUGAUAAUGAAGCGCUCAUAGAGAAGCUCAAACAUGGUCAAUUUACAUUAAGAGAUAUGUAUGAACAAUUUCAAAACAUCAUGAAAAUGGGACCAUUCAGUCAGAUCUUGGGUAUGAUCCCCGGUUUUGGAACUGACUUCAUGAGUAAAGGCAAUGAACAGGAAUCAAUGGCAAGGCUAAAGAAAUUGAUGACUAUAAUGGACAGUAUGAAUGACCAAGAACUCGACAGUACAGAUGGUGCCAAAGUUUUCAGUAAGCAGCCAGGAAGAAUCCAAAGAGUGGCCAGAGGUUCAGGUGUAUCUACCAGAGAUGUUCAGGAGCUCUUGACCCAAUACACCAAGUUUGCACAGAUGGUGAAAAAGAUGGGAGGUAUCAAAGGGCUUUUCAAAGGUGGUGAUAUGUCAAAGAAUGUAAACCCAUCUCAGUUGGCCAAACUGAACCAACAGAUGGCAAAGAUGAUGGAUCCACGAGUUCUUCAUCAUAUGGGUGGUAUGGCAGGAUUGCAGUCAAUGAUGAGACAAUUUCAACAAGGUGCUGCUGGGAAUAUGAAAGGCAUGAUGGGAUUCAAUAACAUGUAAAGAAGCCUUAAUAAAAAUGGACUUGGUUGACUGAUAGUUUGUUGCAACUUCAGUGAAAGGAUUUGCUUUCUUCCUUUUUACAGUGAUGGGGGAUUGGUGUUUUGAAAUCUUAUUCAGGCUUCUCAGUUUCUACAUCUAAUUUCUGAAGAUUAUUUUUGCUUAUACUAGUUUCUCUCCACUAAUAUCUGAUGGCACAAAGAGUAUUUCAGUUUAAUAAAACAAAAUCAUGAUGUAAAAUUUUAAUAUUUAGAGACACUUGUAAAUUGUUUGCAUCAAAUGGCAGCCAUUAUAUUUGUAAACAGCCCUGAUCUUUGGUUAUAGUAACAUAAAAUGUCACAAAUAUACUGUAAAAUAAAAAUGGUUAUAAAUAA